AUGAAAGCAAUUGUGAAAUCUGUGAUCUCUGGCGAUUCCCUUGUGUUACGCGGUCCCCCAGGUGCACAGGGGCAACCUCGGAAAGAGCGAGUCCUUCAUCUCGUGGACAUCUCGGCACCCCGGUUAGGCACGGCUACUAGGCCAGACGAGCAGGACUGGGCGUUUGAAUCGCGCGAGUUCCUGCGCGCUCUUGCUGUAGGAAAGCCUGUUACCUUCACCACCGUCCACUCGUUGCCUCCCAACGACGACGUCCCUCGAGAUCUUGGCAGCGCUGAAAUUAAUGGGCAGGACCUCGCGUCCGAGCUGCUCAGGAACGGUUGGGUGAGACUGAAGGAGCUGAAGCAUGAUCCCACUGAGGAGGAUAUGCGGAAGAGGGACCUGGAGAACGAGGCGAAGGCAGCCGGAAAAGGAUUGUGGAAUCCUCAUGGACCGAAAGCUCGUACAGUUCACUAUGCUAUGCCGGCAGACUCGCAAGAGUUCAUCUCCGAGUGGAAGGGUCAUUCGUUUGAUGCGAUCGUGGAGCAAGUCAAGGAUGGUUCGACCCUUCGUGUCCGAUUGUUUAUGCCUGAAGGUGAUCACCAGCUCGUGAACAUUGCUCUCGCUGGAGUCAAAUGUGCGCGCGUCUCCAGUAAGCCAGGCGAGUCUGAGCCAUGGGCAGAAGAGGCAAAGUUCUUCACAGAAUGUCGUCUCCUUCAGCGAGCGGUACGCGUGCAAAUACUAUCAUUGCCGAAUGCGGCCGCCACGCCCUUCCAGAUAGCUGCCAGUGCUACCCCGCCUCCGCCCGCAUCCAUCUUCAUUGGGACAGUGCUUCACCCUGCAGGAAAUAUCGCGGAGCUCCUCGUUGCUUCAUGCCUGGCACGGGUAGUUGACUGGCAUGGCGGGAUGCUUGCAAGCAGCGGGGGCAUGGAGCGCCUGCGUGCGGCAGAGAAAGCCGCGAAAGAGAAGCGCAUGUAUCUUUUUGCUAACGCUGCUGCGCCAUCGUCGAAGGCGAACGGCACGAUGGCGAACGGCAGCUCGCAGACGUUCGAUGGCACUGUCACCCGUAUAUGGAGCGGAGACCAGAUUUCUGUCGCUGACAAGGAAUCUGGAAAGGAGAGGAGAUUGCAAUUCAGCUCCACCAGGGGCCCAAAACUAGCCGACCCGAAGCAAGCCUUCUAUGCGCAAGAAGCUCGUGAAUUCCUCCGAAAGCGAUUAAUCGGCAAGCAUGUCAAGGUUCAUGUUGACUUCGUUCGCCCAAGGGAGGGUGAAUAUGAGGAGCGAGAAUGUGUCACUGUCCGCUAUGGUGGCCAAAAUGCCAACAUCGCUGAACAGCUCGUAGAGCGUGGUCUAGCCAGUGUUGUGCGUCACAAGCGUGACGACGAAGACCGGUCUCCCGAGUUCGACAAGCUGAUGGCGGCCGAGCAACUUGCAGUCACGGAAUUGCGUGGUAUUCACUCUGGUAAAGACCACCCUCCGCCAAAGCAACCGCUCAACAUCUCCGAGUCUCACGGCCGGGCUGCUCCCUUUGUGAACAGCUUCAGACGAUUAGGUAGGAUACCAGCCGUCGUUGAUUACGUUGCUGCAGGCUCUCGCUUUAAGAUCAACCUACCAAAAGACAACCAAGUGCUGACCUUGGUGCUCAGCGGCGUCCGAGCACCCCGCACCGCACGCAAUCCCUCAGAAAAGAGCGAGCCGUAUGGACCAGAAGCGUCCGACUUCGCGAUGCGCAGAUUGAUGCAGCGAGACGUCGAGAUUGAGAUUCACGACGUCGACAAGUCUGGCGGCUUCAUCGGCGCGCUUUACCUGAAUAAGACAGAAAAUGCCGCCAUUACGCUCGUCCGGGAGGGCCUUGCGACGGUCCACUCGUACUCUGCAGACGGUCUUCCGUGGGCGCACCAGCUGUACGAGGCUGAGGAAGAAGCGAAGAGUACCAAGCGUAAUAUCUGGAAGGACUACGACGAGGAGGCAGAGGAGGCUCCAGAAGUUUCACCUGAGGAUAACGCCGCGCUGAAGCCCGAUUACAUCGAUGUGAUCAUCAGCGACGUUCGCACACAGAAUGACUUCGGGUUCUCCGUGCAAAUCCUGAACACAGAAGGCAUCGCCUCGUUGGAGAAGCUCAUGCGAGACUUCUCCCUGCACCACAAGGUCGCGGCUACACCUCCCGGAUUUGUCCCGAAGAGCGGUGACCUCGUAUCCGCCAAGUUCUCCGACAACUCGUGGUAUCGCGCGAAGGUGCGCCGCGCGUCGCCCAUCAAGAAGGAGGCGGAGGUCACGUUCAUCGACUACGGGAACCAAGAUACAGUCAGUUUCGCGAACAUCAGGCCGCUGGACCCGAAGUUCAGCUCGCUGCCGGGCCAAGCACGCGAUGCGCGUCUCAGCUUCGUUAAGCUCCUGGGCCCGGAGAGCGAUUAUCACGCCGAUGCGGUGGAGCGCUUCCGCGCGCUGUGCGAAGGGCGCAAGCUCGUCGCGAACAUCGACCAGCGGGAGGGCCCGCUGCUGCACCUGCGCCUCAUGGACCCGACGGACCCCGCGACGGAGCAGGCGCCGUCGGCGUGCAUCAACGCGGACCUCCUGCGCGAGGGCCUCGCGACGAUCGACCGCAAGGGCUGCAAGUACCUCUCGGCGUACCCGCGCCUCGUGAAGGACCUGCAGGCGGCGGUCGCCGGCGCGAAGGAGGACAGGCUCGGGAUGUUCGAGUUUGGCGACGUCGUCGAGGAGGACGAGUGA